CAAGACGUUGAGCGACGUCCUUCUAGGUCGCUAUAUCUACAGUAGACGCCAUUGGGCGGAAAAAGACCCAAGUCCACCGCCAGGAUGCACAGUUCUCGGAGAUCAUCGUCAACUCGCUUCCGAAUAGCAUUACUCCUUCUGGGUCUCCUCUAUUGCAUCAUCCCAGUAUUCGCCUACGACGACAGCCUGUAUACGGAUGAUACACCGCAAUGUUGGGGGAUGUGGGGCGCCCCUGGCGAUAACCAUAAUGGAACGAUAACUGUCAAGUUCAACGACAUACCAAAUGGAGAAACAUUUGCCCUCCUUGUCUACGAGUAUCAAAGCGAUGCGAUACAGCUGGACGAGACGGGGCGGGGGUUAUGGUGUGGGAAGAAUGCGAUUGACCAAGGGCUGUGCGUAGAGGCGGACCGCGAAAAAUGGCUGGUAAAGAAUGACGCCAAGAACUACGUGAACGAGCUUUACGUCGUUAAUGCGACGGAGCCGGCGAAGACAUCGGAGCCGUUCGUCUAUCAAGUGCCCCGUACCGGGUUCUAUUGCGUAAUGGCACAGUCCACGGAGGAUCGCGAUCACGUUUUUGUUCUGGGAAUCACAUUGCAAUCCGCUGUGGGUGCACUGCCGGGCGUCGAAUAUCCAAAGCUUCCAUUCUAUGGUGUGCUGAGUAUCGUGUAUCUCUUCAUCGGGGUUGCAUGGAUGCUGCUUUCAUUCUGGAAUUGGCGAGAUCUGCUGCCGGUCCAGCACUACAUCUCGGGUGUCACUAUCUUCCUGACGCUCGAGAUGGCUUUCAACUAUGGCUUUUUCGAGGAUUACAACAGGCUGGGACGAAGCUCGGCCGGUCUCUUGGUUGCCUCUGUGAUACUGAACGCUGGACGUAAUAGUAUCUCUUUCUUCAUGCUCCUGAUUGUUGCACUCGGCUACGGAGUGGUGAGACCGACUCUAGGCAGUACCAUGAAGAAGUGCAUCUACUUCACCAUCGUGCACUUCGUAUGCGGAGUGAUUUAUGCCACCAGCUCCUUGGUCGUGCGGGACGUGACCAUCUGGGUGCUCUUGUUCUGCGUCAUGCCCCUAUCGACAACGAUGACCGUCUUUUACUUCUGGACGCUGAAUGCGAUCACCCGGACAAUGGAACAUCUGGAAACGAGGAGGCAGAAUGUGAAGCUGCAGAUGUAUCGAACACUCUGGAGGAUACUAGCGUGCUCGAUAGGAGUGAUCCUCAUUAUGUUCAUCGUAGACACGAUAUUCUUCUUGAACAGCGACAGUCUCUCUUGGAUGGCCAAACACUGGCAAGUCCGGUGGUUCAUGCUAGACGGCUGGACGAACCUCCUCUAUCUUAGCGUCUUCCUCGGUCUCUGCAUCCUAUGGCGGCCCACGGAGAACAACCAGAGAUACGGGCUAGAUGAGUUAGCGCAAGACGACUACGAGUCAGAUUUCAGGAUAGCCGGCGACGGGCCUGUCGCGGGACAGAACCUGAAUCUGAGAAAGGUCCCGCCAGUGGCGAGGGAUGAGGAGGAGGGAGGGUUUGGAGGCGGGGCGUUUGAUGACGAGGAUGAGGAUGAUAUACUGGCGGGAGAGAUAUUAGAGGACGGGGAUGAUGAGGACAUCAUGAACUGGGUGGAAGAAAAUGUGCCGGAUUCACCGAAGCGGUCAUCGCCAGAGCAUAAUCGGCAAACGCCGAGGAGAGGGGAUGACAAGAUGCAAUAGCGCGUACAAAUGGGAUAUCAUAAUGGCAGGUUUCUUGCAUGAUGCAGGUCACAUUAGCACCGUGAUCCAACAUGCGCUGUGCAACUUUUGAAGUGGCAGACUGUGGACUUGCACGGACAUUUUACCGCGGACCUGCUGUACUGUAAAAUCAUGGACGUGCGGCCGUCGGCCAGCGUCAACCUUUGAGUAUGCCGCG